AUGGUCCUCAGUGCCGCCACCCUCAGGAACCUGGAAAUCCUCAACAAUCAGACAGAUGGUGGUGUGAAGGGCAGUCUGUUGUGGGUGUUGGACCACACUCGCACCCCGUUUGGGAAGAGACUGAUGAGAAAGUGGGUGAGCCAGCCCCUCACAGACCCACAGUCUAUCUCAGGGAGGCAGGAUGCUGUGCAGGAGGUCCUGGAGUCACACUCUCUCACCUUAAAUUCUGUCAGAUCUCUGCUGUCGCAUUUGCCCGACCUGGAGAGAGGCAUCUGCAGCAUAUACCACAAAAAGUCUUCCACGCAGGAGUUUUACCUCAUUAGUAGCAGUCUUUCUCGCCUGGGGCUGGAACUGCAGGCCUUGCUUCCAGUUAUCCAAUCACAGAUCAGCUCGCCGCUGCUCCGAGGCCUCUUGUUGGACACUCCUAACCUGCUGGCUCCUGCCCACAGCUUCCUCAAGGUGCUCAAUGAAAAGGCCGCCAAGUAAGUAAAGAAAAGGAUGUGUUUGG